AUGGUAGAUUCAAAUGCAAAUGAGAAACCAAUCGACGAAACCUGUAAAAAGAAUCGUAUACCUAUAUACCCGGGGUUCCCUGAAUUGGAGAGAUCUGACGUCAGCAUAUAUCCAGCUUACUCCAAGUUAGCUCUAGCUUAUGUCGUAGUCUGUCGCCAUCGCUACCACUGGUCCAAGGUAGCGCAGCGAAGACAAUUCAUGAAAGAGCUUCACAAUUUUGAGAAAAUGCAACCUAACGCGCUCGACGGCGUUAGAGUCCACAGAGAGUUUUCUCAAGGGAUAUUGUCACAUACGAUACCACCAAGACGAUACAUGCAAAAGUUAACACCAGACACACUUACGUCUAAGCAGCGCAUGCGAGUCGAAGAAAUUAUUAGUGGGAAAGCCAUUUUUAGUCACAAAUAG